AAUAUGACAAACCAGAGGGAGCUUACAUUGUUAUAGAACUCUCGCUUCUCUCUCUGGUACCACAUUUGAAGUCGGUGGUUCUGCUUCUGUAUCACUUGUUUACGGAAGCAGAAACAGGGUUUCAUUGUUCGGAAUUUCUUCUCUUUAUUUUUCUUUUUGCAAGAGAAAGACGACAUUUAUUUUGCCUAACGACCUUUAGAUUCUGGAGGUUGUUUCUGUAAUAUGUGCGUGUUUACGAGCUUGGUAGAUUGAGAUCUAAACUGGGUCUGUUCUAGGUUUUUUCUUUGUUGUGUCCACAGUCACUGACAUUGCAGCUCUUUCUCCAUUCUUUUGCUUGACUAAGAAGCAAAAUCGUUGAGACAAAAAGCAAAUAUUCGUGCUCUUUUCGCAAAGGGGCUUCUUUAAAUCCAUGCAGAUCUAGCGGGCUGCUUCCUUCCCAAACUCUAUACCACAUUCCGUUACUAUUAUUUCUUAGCUUCCCACCACCUUCUCCCCUGCCUUUGCUCUGUUUUUAUUGACAAGAAAUAACAAAGGAAAGGGCUUAAAUGGAUCGGCUUACGGCGACAACACUUCUUCCCGAUGCUUUUCAAGGAGCUAGAGAUGACAUUUCCAUGCAACUGGGAAUUAUCUGGGCUCAGAUCAAAGCACCAUUAAUUGUCCCUCUGUUAAGAGUUGCAGUCGUUCUGUGCUUGAUCAUGUCCUUGAUGCUGUUCAUUGAAAGGGUCUAUAUGGGCAUUGUCAUUGUUCUGCUAAAGCUGUUAGGCCGAAAGCCCGAGAAGCGAUAUAAAUGGGAGCCAAUGAAAGACGACGUUGAGCUGGGAAACUCGGCUUAUCCCAUGGUUCUGGUGCAAAUCCCAAUGUACAACGAAAGAGAGGUCUACCAGCUGUCAAUCGGAGCUGCAUGUGGGCUUUCCUGGCCUUCUGAUCGUAUCAUCAUUCAAGUCCUCGAUGAUUCCACAGACCCAACAAUCAAGGACUUGGUGGAGCUAGAAUGCCAGAGAUGGGCAAGCAAAGGCAUAAACAUAAAGUACGAGAUAAGAGACAACCGAAAUGGAUACAAAGCAGGGGCUCUGAAAGAAGGCAUGAAACGCAGCUACGUGAAACAGUGCGAUUACGUGGCCAUCUUUGACGCUGAUUUCCAGCCUGAGUCGGACUUUCUUUGGCGCACCAUACCUUUACUUGUCCACAACACUGAACUUGCUCUCGUUCAGACCCGCUGGAAAUUCGUGAACUCCGAUGAGUGCUUGAUGACAAGAAUGCAAGAGAUGUCAUUGGAUUACCAUUUCACUGUAGAACAAGAAGUGGGCUCCUCCACUUAUGCCUUUUUCGGAUUCAAUGGUACGGCUGGUGUGUGGAGAAUUGCCGCACUUAACGAGGCUGGAGGAUGGAAGGACCGGACCACGGUGGAAGAUAUGGAUCUGGCAGUGAGAGCUAGUCUCAAAGGGUGGAAAUUUGUAUACCUUGGAAGUGUCAAGGUGAAAAAUGAAUUACCUAGCACUUUCAAAGCCUAUCGUUUCCAACAGCAUCGGUGGUCUUGUGGUCCUGCUAAUCUUUUCCGGAAAAUGGUAAUGGAGAUCCUAAGGAACAAGAAAGUAUCUUUAUGGAAGAAGGUCCAUGUAAUUUACAGCUUUUUCUUCGUUCGGAAGAUCAUAGCCCACAUAAACACAUUUGUAUUUUACUGCAUUGUACUACCUGCAACUGUCGUGGUGCCUGAAGUUGCGGUUCCAAAGUGGGGAGCAGUUUAUAUUCCUUCCAUCAUCACCCUUCUCAAUGCUGUCGGAACUCCAAGGUCACUCCACUUGUUGGUUUUCUGGAUCCUUUUUGAGAAUGUCAUGUCCCUACACCGAACAAAGGCUACCAUCAUUGGUUUACUAGAGGCCAGUCGAGUAAAUGAAUGGAUUGUGACGGAGAAACUAGGAGAUGCUCUCAAGGGAAAAGCAAGUGGGAAAGCACCAAGAAAACCUAGGUUCAGGAUUGGAGAAAGACUCCAUUUGUUAGAGCUUGGAGUUGGAGCUUACCUAUUCUUUUGUGGCUGCUACGAUGUUUUCUUUGGGAAAAACCACUUUUUCAUAUUCCUUUACAUCCAAGCAAUCGCCUUUUUCAUCAUGGGGUUUGGGUAUGUUGGCACCUUUGUCCCCAACUCUUAGAGGAACUCCAGUCUCCAGAAAUGACAGUGAAGUUCUUUCUGCUAUUUUGUUCCCUUGAUUUCUGCUUCAGCAACAUAUCAUGUCCCAUUCACAGUGACAAGUAUCAUGCAAUGAAGGCUUGUAAAAAGAACAAAGAUGUGUAUGGUCAUUUUUUUUUAGGUUGAGCAUUAUAUUUUGAGUCAGAGAGUGGGGAGAGUUAGUUUUCUGUUGUAUAUUAAAGCAAGUUAACUAUAAAACAAAUUGUUGUUAUGCCGAUGUGCACUAUACAGAUAAAGGAGCUUGUGUAAUUCUGAGCUUUUGUAACUUUUUCCCCCUUUUUACUUUUGUUGGAUUUCUCUGAAGAGGGAAUAAACAGUUGGAAACAGGAUUUACUUCA